AUGUUCGUUGGAUCUGUAUUGCUUCUUCUAGCCUUAGGGAUUCUACAGUAUGUACGCAAUCUGCCUACUGAACCUCGCCUCACUUGGUCAAUCCCGAAAUUGGAACAUGUCGCAAUGCACAUCAUCCCUACUUCGUCGCGGUAUAAGAUGGGAGCAGAAGCAUGGAAACACAUGCUUCCCAGCGGGGGACAUGUUAUUCGCAUCGAAGAGGCGGAUGGCAUGAUCACUACCCACACAGUCGCGAUGUUUCACCAAUUACGCUGCCUCGAACUUUUGCAGCAGGCGUAUGUGGACGAAGGGAGCCAUCGUACAUCCGAGUUGGUUCAGCAUUGUAUGAACUACCUGCGGCAGACCGUUCUUUGCCAGAUGGACAUGAGGACCGAAAUCCAAGGCUCAACCUUCACACAUAGCGGAUACGACCAAAUGUGCAACGACUGGGAGGUUAUCUACACCGAAGCAGAGAAAAAUUGGGAAGCGUACACUCAACAAAAGCAGUGA